AUGUUUUAUAAAUUUUUGAUAUUUCUUUUAAUUUUAUUUUUUAUUCCUUUUAUCAUUGGAGCCGAUAAUUGCCUUUAUAAAUGUAGAGAUGGUAAAGAGAAUUCGGUUGAUGGACGUUCAGAUUUUAAAGUAAAAUACCCUGUAAAAAUUAAACGUCUACGUGGAACACUUUACCGUCCGAACAAAGAACCUGCUUGUAAUGAAAAUAGGGCAACUGUUCUAAUGCCUGGAAUUGUUAAACUUUUGGAGGGAGAAAUGUUUGUACCAAAAAAUAAUUUUGAUUUAAUUAAAUCUGGCACAGUUAGAAUGACAGUUAAUUCGCCUAAUUUUGAUAAACCUAUUUGUUUAAAUGGGACAAGUCAAUAUUUAGCUAUGCCUAAUUCUUGGUGUUCAUUUAAUUUAUGUGAAUUUAUUGGGAAUGAUUUGUGCAAACUUUUACAAACGCCCGGAAUUCAUACAAUUAGUGAAUUAGAAAAAGUACUUAAUUUUAAUUCAACCCAACUGCUUCCUGAUCCGCCUGGUAUUUUUGGGAUUACUUUAUUGGAUAUAUUAUCGGUAAAUUUAUUUAAAAACUAA